AUGAUGAGGUUGAUACAAUUCCCAUUUUGGAGGGGCAGUAGUGGCAGAUGCUCAAGGAAACGUGGAGCAUUUUCCACCAGAGUGAGGCAGUGGGAGCAGAGGGAUGAACACAUCCAGGGAGAGGAUUCCCUCAGGCAGGAGCCUGCCCAGAUGUUCAGGAUUGCACAGGAGGAAGGGAUAACAGGGAUGGAUCCUGGAUCCUCUCCAGCUGCAGGACAUGGAAGGGCAACUGAUGGCUCCUCACUCCCCCAGCCCCCAGCCUCAGUUCCCACUUACCUCCCAGCUCCUACCUGGCUCUAUAAAAUUUUCUGGAUUGGGAGAGAUAAAAUGAUAUUUCAUGGGCUGCCAGGUGCUCUUCACCUGAGGAAUUCCCUCCAAAAAAAUGGAAAUGCCCCUGGCUGUGCUGCCCUGCCCAUCUCCAGCAUGGAGCCUGCAGAGAACCAAGGCAGGACAUCCCUGGGUAGCCAGGGGAACCAGGAGAGAACAUCCCUGGUUAUCCAGGGGAACCAAAGCAGAACACUCCUGGUUAUUCAAGGGAACCAGGAGAGAACAUUCCUGGUUAGCCAGGUGGAGCAGAGCAGGACAUUCCUGGUUAUUGAGGGGAACCAGGAGAGAACAUUCCUGGUUAUUCAGGGGAACCAAAGCAGAACACUCCUGGUUAUUGAGGGGAACCAGGAGAGAACGUUCCUGGUUAUUGAGUGGAACCAGGAGAGAACAUUCCUGCUUAUCCAGGUGGAGCAGAGCAGAACGUUCCUGGUUAUUGAGGGGAACCAAAGCAGAACACUCCUGGUUAUUCAGGGGAACCAGGAGAGAACAUUCCUGCUUAUCCAGGUGGAGCAGAGCUGGCCAUUCCUGGUUAUUGAGGGGAACCAGGAGAGAACUUUCCCAGUCAUCCAGGUGGAGCAGAGCAGGACAUUCUGGUUAUUGAGGGGAACCAGGAGAGAACUUUCCCAGUCAUCCAGGUAG